UUUUCUUCCGGAGGAUCUUUUCGUUUCAGUUCAAACCCUGUCACCCGCCCUUUUCUACAACGUUGUACCUCAAUAGAAUCCCUUUUCGUCUGUCUAUGUCAUUGGCUCUCCAUGGCGUAAAGUCUCUGAACAUCCUCAACGUCAUCUUUAACUUAUGUGAAAGAGGGUUUUUUGAUGGGACAGGGCUCGAGCUGUCCUGACAUGCGCCGGGGCGUGAUCGACGAUUCUACAUUACUUGGAAGCCUCUUUCAAUGCUCAAACACGAUCCUUUAUCUUCACUAUGAACUUGCCGGUGUUACUAUGCGUCGUAUUUCAUUCCACCUCUCCACCAGCACAUCAGCACACGGUGACAUUGGAGCCAAAAAUCCACACUAUCAGAAUUUCCAGGACAUUUUCUAUUGCUUCACAACUCCAUGCUCGCGCCGAAUUCUGGCUGACAAGUUUCGCGAGGGCCCGUGGCCGACGUAUAGCAGGUUUCCACUGCACGAACAAAAGUUGGAAAACCUUGUAAAGCAGCGCGAAAGAACCGCACGGAAAGGCCCUGGCCACCCGUGUGCAUGCAGUGGUUCUCACUUCUCAAUCGUACGCACAGACUGUUCAAUGACCCACGAGGACACGUUGGCAAAGGACCAAGUCCUUCGCCCUCGCAGUCUUCACCCUAAAGGAUGCUUCAUGGUUACUAUACUGUUGAUGAUUGGCUCGAUCGCCAUCCACCUACCGUGCGGUUUCCAGGGAAAUUUGUUACCUGUUAUAUACCGACAGCAGAGUCGACAGGAAAAGGAACGCGCUGCCCAUUCAAGGAGAGUGAAAGAGCACGCCGGAUCAAAAGCCUGAGGUCAGUGACCUCGAUAAAGUUGAGUCGCAGACCCGUACGGCUAACUAGCAGAAGCUUUGCUCAUCAUUCAACGUACCAUGAUAUCGUACCAUUCAUUCUCGAACUUUUCUCCCAGUUGCUUGGGAUUCCGGUGUGCAGCGCAGCGAGCACUCUAGCUAGAUAGACCCACAAAAUUCAUGGAUUUGUCCAUCAGGCUUGAGAGAGCUGAAAACGAGGAG